ACGCUAUAUGUAAUGUCCGCUGUGGUGCCUGUUAUGUAGUCCAGAACUAUAAAAUGAGUUCUCCGUAUUUUAUGCAACGCAGCUCUGUCCUCACCCGGAGUAGCAGUACUGGAAGAGUAGCUGCGGCCUCUUUAAGUUCCAAACUCACCAGCACACAGAGAGAUGUGGACACCAGUUCUGCAGUGAAGGUGAAGGUGGAGGCGGAGGAGGCGACAGUGUCCAAACUCGAGUCAUCCACCGGUGAACAGCAGACAGAAGCUUCGUCACAGCCUCCACACAGUCGCAGGAGAAGGCAGGUUAAGGUGGAAUAUGACAGAGAUGAUGGUAUUUCCCAGGUAAAGGUGGAGCACUGGGAGCCUCUGGAUUGGAUGAAACAGUUGGGUUUCAUCCGGGAGAUGAGGAGCGGUCGCGAUGCUCCUGUGGAUAACAUGGGAGCAGAGAAAUGCUAUGACGCAGAAGCCCCUCCACAGGUGAGACGCUUCCAGGUGUUGGUGUCGCUCAUGCUGUCCAGCCAGACAAAGGACCAGGUAACGGGAGCAGCUAUGCAGAGGCUCCGAGCACAUGGCUGCACUGCAGAGAACAUCGUCGCCACUGAUGAUAAAAAACUGGGAGAACUCAUCUAUCCUGUGGGCUUCUGGAGGAAUAAGGUGAAAUUUCUGAAGCAGACGUCAGCCAUGCUGAUGACUGAGUUUGGGGGAGAUAUCCCAAACAGCGUGGAAGGGCUGGUUCGUCUGCCGGGGGUCGGACCUAAGAUGGCUCACCUGGCCAUGGACAUUGCCUGGAACCAAGUGUCUGGAAUAGGAGUGGACACACAUGUUCAUCGCAUCUCCAACAGGCUGGGCUGGCUCAAGAAACCAACCAAGAACCCAGAGGACACACGCAAGGCCCUGGAGGACUGGUUACCUAGGGAGCUGUGGAGUGAGAUCAACUGGUUGCUCGUUGGUUUCGGACAGCAGGUCCAACGAACAAAUAUAAAGUUAAAACUGAACCUGAACAGGAAAGCAAUACCACAGAGGCAGAUCAAGAGUCAAGUGUUCCCUCCAUCAGACAAAGAAGGCAGGUUAAAAAACAUUGAGCGCUGAUUAUUGUUGCAUUUCAGUGUGAGCUGAGUGCAGAUGGUGGAUAGAAAGACAAACUGACUGUGUUUACAAUGUUCAACAUGUGCAUUUAUUGUUUAUACAGUUUUUAUCUGUUAGGAUAACUGAAAACUUUUAUGUUAAUGGAAUAAAUAUAUUUUCCUAUUCCUGCAUUUUGUUGUUUUUGUUUUUCUAUGAAAUAAAAACGUUUAUACUACAUUUU